AUGGUGAAGAAAUGGCGCAAGAUGGCCGCCUUGGGUCGACGAAGAAUCAUGUCAUCAAGUACUAGUGCAUAUUCUCCAUGCCUUGCAGAUAAAGGCCAUAUAUUUGUUUACUCCUCGGAUUCAAAGCGCUUCAUGAUACCCCUCUCUUUCUUAGGCCAAACCAUCUUCAGAGAGCUAUUUAGAUUGGCUGAAGAAGAGUUUGGGCUUCCAAAGGAUGGACCGAUAGUUUUGCCUUGUGACGCCUUAUCACUGGCGGGCAUUAUCUCUAUGCUUCAUCGUAGGGGAUCUAAAGACGAAAAGAGUGAUGCGCUUAUGUUUAGUGCUGGUGACCAAUGCUUUAGUUCUUCUUUGUCUCUGAAGAGAGAUGAUCAGCAACAAUGUGUGACUGUUUAUGGUUUCUGA